AUGGCAGAAAUCGAGCAGGGUCCUACCCGGGCGACUCCUAUCAAGAGUAGGAAACCUCAUACCAAAUCCCGCGCUGGCUGCUACAGCUGUAAGGCGCGCAAGGUAAAGAAGUGUCCCGAGACGCGGCCGAUAUGCAAGAACUGUACGGCAAGGAAGCUUGAUUGCGUCUAUCCCGUGCAAUUCAAAUUGCAAUCACAGCAGCAAGUCGCACGCCGGUUGAUACCAGAUCAUAGCAAAAAGAAUCGUUCUGCUGCUGUCUUUUGGCUUACAACGCCGCCAUCGCCGUUGUUUUCAUCUUUCAUUAGGCCCAUUGGCGUUCUUCAGCUCCUUCCGGCAUCCUUCACGAUCGAGGAUAUGCGUUUCUUCCACCAUUACAUGAUUGCGGCACAUCCGUAUCUGCCGUUUGGCUGUGAUGGGGUUUGGCACGAGUACCUAAUGCACGCCAUCCUCUCCCUUGGCACCUCACACCUCUCUCUCAUGAACACACUAUAUACGGCCAUGGUAUCCCACCGCGGCCUCGCCUUGCGCGGACUGCAUGAAGCAAUUGGAAAGCAUCACCAGCAACUGCAUUCCACCACCGAUACUUCACCAACGGCUACCAGCACCCAAACCCACGAACUCAACGCCAUGUUAGCAACCUGCUAUGCCCUAGCUUGCGCGGCUGCGGACGUCUCGACAACCAUCUCUCGGCGCACUACAACGCGGAACUCAGGACCCUUACCUUUGAACGUGAAAGAUCCAGAUAUGUACGUUCUAUACCCUCAUCUUGUCGACGGCAACAAUAAUGGCGAUGACGAAGCUAGUCUCGUAGCCAUGGACAUGCCCACCAUCCAGUGCAUGACAGUUGCGGUGAGAGCGCUCUCACCGCUCCUCCAGCACGAUUGGGACUGGAAGUAUCAUGAACUUAAUUCUUACGGCUCUGGAGGCAUUGCGGAGACGUGCGAUACAUAUGUAGUGUGGUGCUCGAUGGACGAAUCGAGCUUCCAGGAGCAUAUUAUUUCGAUAUUGGCGCCAGUGCGCAAAAGUAAAGCUUUUCUGAUACCGUUUAUGCAUUUUACGGCGCUACAAACGGUUAUGUUGCCGAUUAUCUCACGCGCAAUUCCGCUGCGGGCAAGAUUUCCACAGCUGAUGUUACCGCAGAUGCGCUGGUUGAUUGAGAUUAGCUGCUGGAUUCCAGAUGAACUGCAACAGUACCUGUCUGUUCCUUUGGAGGCGGUGGGGAGGCUUGGUGGAGAGUAUGGUGUAUUUGACUCCGAUUUUGGGAACAGGGUGAGGGAGGCGAUUUUGCGGAGGGCUGGGGAGAUAGCCGAAACCGCGUGGCGGAAAAUGGAUGAAACAAUUAACUUAACCUAA